GACACGCGAAAGGGGAUUAGCUGAAUCUGUCAGUUUCUGAGACAUUCAAGAGCCUAUCAGAGCUGCCGAUCUGCAGGCUGGGAGGAAACUGUGGGUUCUGAUCUGAGUCUGAAGUACCUACGUGAUUGAAACAGAGCGCAGAGGGAGAGAAAGAGAGAGUGUGUGAGAGGACAACGGAAAGGCAACAGAUUAACAGGUCGCAGAGCGUGCAAGCCUGCUCGCAGAGCCGCAGAGCCGCAGAGCCCGAGCGAGACCUCCAGACCAGCCCCCCGGCGUGUGGGACCAUGCAGCAGAACCUGAACUAUGUCUACCCUCCGAUCUUCCUCAUGGACAGGGCAGGUCAGGAGGCAGCUGCACCGGCUGCCAACAUGGUCCCUACCUGGGUGUCUCUGCCUCCCCCCGCGAAGCAGCCGCAGAGAAGGUGCAGAAGAUCCUGCAUCACCACAGUGCUCGUCUUCUUGCUGUUUCUGAUCCUGUGCGCCCUGGGGCUGGGUGCCUACCAAAUCCUGAGAAUGCAUGGAGAGCUGGCACAGCUCAAGCAGGCUGUAGAUUCAGAGCACCAGACGCCUGUGCUGCAGAAACAAGUCGGCCUACUGGAGACACUGGCAGAAAGGAGAGAGAUAAAGAGGAUUGCACAUCUAACAGUCCUCAACGUCACCCGGGGCUCGAAAAUGCUUCUGUGGGAGCCAGAGAAGGACGUCUCCUUCACCGACGGGGUGAGCUACGAGGAUGGCAGCCUGCUGAUCAACGAGACGGGACAUUACUUUGUGUACUCGCGGGUCCGCCUGCGGGGGGCGCACUGCCCCUCCCCGCCGGAGUUCACCCACACCGUCUCCAGGAGGAACCAGCACUCCAAGCCCAGGACCCUGCUGCAGGGGCACAAAGUGGGCUUCUGCCUGGGGGACCGCUCCUGGUCGUCCAGCAGCUACCUGGGCGCGGUGCUGAGGCUGCGCCGGCUGGACAGGGUCUUCGUCAGCGUGUCCGACCCCCAGCUGGUCAGCCUGGACCAUUACUCCACGUUCUUCGGGCUGUACAAGGUCUGACGCGCCCGAGCCCGGCUCACGCCAGGACGUACGGCGCUUCACUGCCGGCGAUUUCAGCGAGAGGCGCUCCCAUCCCCCGCAGAGAGCACCCCAGGCAUCCUGGGGGAUCUGUCCCUCCCCUCCUGCACAGGAUUGUUCCUCAGGAACUUAUACUUUCCUUACUGAGCGGCUUUCUGUCAUACAGAAGCCCAUUUCAACACUAAGUCCAGCAACCUGGAACUCUGAAUGUAUAUCGCGCAAAGACGACGAGAUAUUUUAGUGUUUAAUAGUUAUUUAUUUGAUUUUGAUAUCUGUAAUUUAAAAGAAGUUUUUUAUAGAUUUUUAUUGCAACUGUAUUCGCCGUCCUCUAAUCCCACUGUUCUCUGGGUUCUGGGGCUGGUGUGUUGACCUGGCCGGGCCAGUUCUCAGUGCCUUCUCUCUAGGCCACAUGAAUUCUCAUCUUUCAGUUCUGUGCCAUUUCACCAUUUCUAACCGUAUUAUUUAAAGGGAAAUUAAAAAAUUCAGGCCACCCCGUGGUAGAAUGGCUGAAAACUCCAAAGAACGCUUUGUGGGCCCCUCUUUGUCUUCGCGUUUGGGGUGUCCUGCCGGUUUCAGACUUGAAUGGCCGGAGACGACACCUUCCAGACGGAUGGAAUGAAGGCAGCACUUGCCGUUAUUCCCGACGUGUCUGUAUCCUUGCAGCCAGCACACCAUGGAGGAAGUUCUGGGCUCCUGGGGGGAACGGGGGUGGGGUGCAGGGUGGUACUGAAUAUCACUUGACGUGCUUCUCUGGGCGGGCUGGCUGGCUGGCUAGCAUCCCCCCCCGUCUCUCGCCGCCCCCCCCUGCAGGGUGGUUUUUCUGAGAAAGCCCGUGGUGUCACGCUCCUCCGAUCUGCACCAGGCGCGGCUGCCUGCUUGCUGGCUUGCAGGACGACCGCAGGGCCAUGACUCUCCACACCUCCCGGCUCGCUGGCUGGGCUGGCUGGGGAGAUGCUGACGGCACCAACCGUAUUAGAAAACUGCAGCAGCGUGAUUUCUUCUAGGCACUUUUCUCACAUCGCCUGAGAAAAAAAAAAGAAGAAGGUAUGACUUUCCUGUCUGAUAAAAGUAAACCCAACGAAUUUCAGGUCUUGUGAUGUUUGCCCAGCCGUUUCCGCUUGUGUGUUCUGCGAGA